UGGGAGCCUGGGAGCGGAACUCGAUGUGGAAUACACCAGGGCCUCGAAAAGACCAUGUACAGCGCACGACCGGUCAUCAGAACAACUCCAAUAUGGAGGUCUCAACCCCUUGCCAGUCGACCACCUUUUGUCGAAUACGCAAUCGGUGGAACAGCCCAUAGCCCAUUCCUCGUUACCGGAAAACCCCAUUGGCCUUGGUCCUUUGGAUGUUUCAGAGACGUCGCACAUUUUGGGGAAUGGGACUCAAACAACAUUCGAUAUGGGUAAGACAAACGAGUCUUACCUUCAACGGAUGGAAGAUUUUAACACCUCGCUGUAUAGCAGCAGAUCAAUUCGGCUUGAACUGGAACAUGUGUUCCGGCUUCGAGGCUGAGAGCCAACAACUCUCCUCCGGCCAGGAUUUCCGGUUCAUUCAGACACCGCCCGUUGAAAGCUAUGACUCUCUCGAACUAUACGGCAAUACCAAUCUUCAGCCUACAUUGGACAAUCCAACGAGACUUUCCCUGCUGGAGGAUUCGUUCUCUUUCAGUGGUGUGGUCCCCCAAGGGAACUUUGACGACAUGGAGGUCGAACUGAACAUAGAUUAUGGUGUCAUGGACACCACCGAUAGGAGAGAGGAUUCUGCAUUUGAGAUUGAUCAAAGCCCAUGGGCAGACAGCGCGGUGACGGCAGAGACAACCACUACUAGUACAACACCACAAGCAGCAGUAGACGGGACGGGGUGUAAGGGAGAGAACAACAACACGAAUGAUGCGAUUUGUGAUACUUGCUUUGGAGUGAUCUUCAUUGACACCCCUCAAAUCCGAGACGGCUUCGUGGGGAACUCAGCGACAACCAGCAAGAAAGUCCUGCUCGAGGGGUACAGUGGUCUAAUCAUCAUCCGCGACCCGACAUCCAAAUCCUACGGCGGCCUGAUCCCUCAAAGCCACUUCGACCCCAUAUGGAAGUUGAUCACCGAUACAAACAUAACGCUUUCGGCAACGCUCAAGUCAACUAAACCUUUAGAAAUUACCAUCUACGGCUGCCGAGCUAAAGCUGAUGAGAUAGGGGGGAUGCUACUUGAUCACGAUUGCUUCCUCCAGCAGCCGGAUUCGUUUGACGAUUCAAUGACGUACUUCAACCCGCAGUGCCUGACCCAUGAUGAUGAUUCAAUACCAACAUGGGAGCUAUCUGGGGCAGAUCUCGGCACUCCUGCUGCAUGUUUGAGUGCAGUUGAAAAGUCCAAGGUCGCAGAGCUGCUAGACGCAGCUGGGGGGCCGACGGUCUUUAGGGAUGUCCAGGUCAGCGAGAUGUUGCAGACGAGCUUGAAAGAGCACCAACGAAAAGCUUUGGCUAUGAUGGUAGAAAAGGAGGCUGGGACUCUUCGAGGGGCCGACUUCCCUUCGAUUUGGGCUGAAGAGAUUACAAACUGCACAGGCACUGUGAGAUUCUUGAACACCGUCACAGGGUCCCGCGUUUAUCGAAAACCGAAGAUUUGCCUUGGUGGCUUGAUUGCAGACGACAUGGGUCUGGGAAAAACCCUAACCGCCCUCGCGUUAAUAGCAGGUUCUGUAACGAGACAUAGGAGAGACAACGAAACAACGACUAGAGCGACCACUUUAGUUGUUGCGCCAUUGUCCACUCUGACCGGUUGGCAAGAUCAAAUAGAACGGCAUAUAAAACCGGGCGCGCUGCGAUUCACUGUUUAUCAUGGAACCCAGAGAGAGAAGAACGCAGCUCUGUUAACCAGCUUUGACGUGGUCCUGACGACAUAUGAAACUGUUCGGACCGAGUAUUCACAAGAACUUCAAGUUGGUGGUACACAGAGCACAAUCCAAGCUGUAUCUUGGAAUAGAAUUGUUCUUGACGAGGCUCACGUCAUCCAAAACCGCUCCUCGAAGAGGUUCAAAGCCCUUCACGCACUCAAGGCGAGGCACCGCUGGUGCUUGACAGGCACGCCGAUCCAGAACCGUCUGGAGGACAUGGGUUCUCUAGUUGAGUUCUUGCGUGUGGACCCGUUUGACAGCCCCGGAGCUUUUCGGCGCUUGUUUCUGGAGCCCAUAUCUCGCCGAGAUGUUUCUGGGUGGGAGCGCCUUCGGACCUUGAUCGGGUGUAUAUCCCUACGUCGAACUAAAGAGUCACUGAAGGACCAGCUAGCCUUGCCAACCAGACAAGAAAUUGUCUGCAGGGUUUCACUCGAUGAGGAGGAGAGGAGGGUUUACAGCCUAGUGAAGCGGCGCUUUGCCUUGGCUAUCGACGCCGGGGGCAACAGAAUGAGCGCGUUUGGGCUUAUCCUCCGACUACGGCAGAUCUGCGACCACGGUACUGCCCUUCUACCUGCCGACUUGCAGGCAUGGAUUCAGCAAGCCUCUCGGUUUGGCCCCCAGGUCCCUCUACAGGCUGAAACAUGCCUAUCUUGCGGUCAGAUUCCGGAAGACGACGUGGAUGACGACAUUUUGUCAGAAGGCUUUCCAUGCUCACAUCAAGUUUGCCCUCCCUGUCGAGUCAUGGCGAGAUCGGCUUGUCAGGAUAGCGCUGGAGAAGCGUCCUGCCCAGUUUGCCAAUCCAAGGGCUUGCGUGAACAAAGUGAGGAGGGGAGUUUCUCAGAGGGCGGCGAUUUACCACCACCUUACCGGCCAUCUUCUAAGGUCAGAGAAUUACUCCGGAAUCUCAAUCGUGACCAGCAACAGGCUGCAACGGCUGGAGUUCCAGCGGAAAAGAGUGUUAUCUUUUCCAUCUGGACGGGCAUGCUCGACCUCAUUGGCACAGCCUUAACUGCUAGGGGGAUUCCGUUUCAACGCCUUGAUGGAACAAAGACCCAGGAACAGAGACGCGGUGCCCUGCAGCGUUUCAGAAGUGAUGAGAACUGCAAUAUAUUGAUUGCAUCAAUCGGGAGUGCUGCCGUUGGCCUGGAUUUAACAGCAGCCUCUCGGGUUCAUAUUAUCGAACCUGGUUGGAAUCCAAUGCUUGAGCAGCAGGCGCUGCAGCGUGUGCAUCGUCUUGGUCAGACCCGAACUGUCAAACAAAUACGAUACGUGGUGGAUGGGGCAGAUUCGGUAGAGCGCUACAUACUCCGGCGACAAGAAUGCAAGUUGGCGCUCAUCGAUGCAUCUGUUGAUGGCUCCACCGGCAGGCAAAAAAAGGUCACAAGCUUAUUAGAGGUCUGCGAAUAGAUGAGCCGAUUCAUCCCCAUGGGCCUGCGCUAACGUCCAUGCAAUAGGAUAUGAGAGUUGGGCUUGGGAUUGAUGCAGUGUUGUGAAUAAAAAUG